ACCAAUGGCAAAGCGUAAUUGCCCAACACAUUGCGGAGAUAUUAGCAUCCCAUACCCUUUCGGCAUUGGACCUAAUAAAGAUUGUUACUUUGACGAAUGGUUCGAAAUGGUGUGCAACCAGUCUUCUAGUUCGCUUUACUUGAGGCGCGCCCAGUUGGAAGUGCUGAACGUUUAUGCUAAUGGCACGCUUCGAGUUAAAAACCCCAUUGCUUUCUUCUGUGACGGAUACAGAGGUCAGCAACCUGUGAAUUUGAGUGGAAGCCCUUUUGUAUACUCUGGGAGACACAACAAAUUCACAGCAGUGAGUUGUGGCUACCUUGCCUCGGUGAGCUCAGAAAAGUAUCUUGUUGGAGGAUGCAGGUCAAUUUGUGAAGGGACUAGCGUAAGCCCUGAAGAUUGUGAAAUUGGUGUUAACUGUUGCCAGAUUAACAUCCCACCACAUCUCAGUGUUAUCAGUACGGAUAUUGAAGAUGAUGAUAGGAGAGGAAGGGAAGAUACAUGCAACAAUUAUGCAUUCUUGGUUGACCAAGUGUGGUUUAGGAACAAUUUUACGGCAUCCGAUUUUAGUCACAAUAAUGACAGCGUUCCAGUGGUGCUAGUUUGGAGCUUAGGCGUGGACAAUACUUCAGUCGCAGUAUUUCACAGAUUCAUGUCCAAUGAUUCCAGGGCUUAUGAUGACCCUAAACCCUACUGCAAAAUACUAAAUGCCACUUCCACUUACACUCGGCAAAGGCUUGUAUGUUACUGCCCGCCAGGCUUCGAGGGAAAUCCCUAUCUUCGAAACCCUUGUCACGACAUUGAUGAAUGCACAGAUAAAAACAUAUGUGGGCCUUUGGCCCCCCAUUGUAUGAACUAUAAUGGGACGUAUACAUGCUAUAGACACAUAGACGGUGGAAAGACAAAGAUCAAACUGAUUCUUAUAGGUCUUGGUGCGGGUCUUGGACUGUUAUUAUUGCUUACUGGUGGUGCAUGGUUGGGAUACAGAUUCCUAAAGAAACGCCAUACCAUAAAACGCAGGGAGAUGUUUUUCAAGCUAAAAUUAGAAAAAAAAAUUUCGUCAGGUGAAGUUAAUGUUGAGAAAAUCAAGCUAUUCAAAUCAAAGGAGUUGGAGAAGUCCACCGACAAUUUCAAUAUUGAUAGAAUUCUUGGCCAGGGAGGCCAAGGUACAGUUUACAAAGGCAUGCUGACUGAUGGAAGAAUUGUUGCUGUGAAAAAAUCUAAAAGAGUGGACGAAAGCCAAUUUUCAGAUUUCAUUAAUGAGGUUGUGAUUCUUUCACAAAUCAACCACAGAAAUGUCGUUCAACUAUUGGGUUGCUGUUUAGAGACGGAGGUUCCCAUUUUGGUUUAUGAAUUUAUACCUAAUGGAAACCUUUCCCAGUAUAUCCAUGAGCAGAAUGAGGAGUUUCCACUUACAUGGGAAGUUCGCUUACGAAUUGCCGGGGAAAUUGCAGGAGCUCUUUCUUAUUUACAUGUUUCAGCUGCCUUUCCCAUUUAUCACAGAGACAUCAAGUCUACCAACAUACUCUUAGAUGCAAAAUACAGAGCAAAAGUUGCUGAUUUUGGAACUUCAAGAUCAGUUGCCAUCGAUCAAACUCACCUGACCACACUUGUACAUGGCACAUUUGGUUACUUGGAUCCAGAAUACUUCCAAUCAAGCCAAUUUACGAAUAAAAGUGAUGUGUAUAGCUUUGGAGUGGUCCUUGUUGAGCUUCUGACUGGACAAAAACCAAUUUCUUUUAACAAGUCACAAGAAGAGGGCAAAAGUCUUGCCACGUACUUCAUUACUUCGAUGCAGUUAGGUCACCUGUUUGAAAUUCUUGAUGCUCAAGUUGUGAAAGGAGGGUCUAAAGCAGAUAUCAUAGUAGUUGCUAACCUUGCAAGGGGGUGUUUGAAUUUGAGUGGAAAAAAGCGCCCUACAAUGAGAGAGGUCACGGCAGAGCUGGAGGGGAUUCAAAUGUCAGAAAAAACUUCUAAUGGUGGACAAAAUUAUGAAGAGGUUGAAUAUGUUCGAACUGAAUCAAUUGAGCCUUGGGAUAUUGUUUCAAGCUCAACAGGAACAGGGCCAGGUUUGGAUUGUGGUACUUCUUCAUCAUUAAAUGAAAUUCCGCUAUUACCUUUCAAGUCAUGGUGA